AUGUUGUCCAUGCAAAAAUCCCCCUCGUUCAUUUUACCUCCAUCCGACCUGGACAGUAACUCCUCCCAUGGCUACCUCCAGCCCGACUGCCGCUCCAGUAUAGCCGAACCAGUCCCCGCCUUGACGUACGCUACAGUCGCCCGUGACUACUCGAUGGACCCCCAGGACCCCCAGGACUUGCUCUCGCAGCGCGCCAGCGUGAGCACUGACGAUACCUCGAACAACUCGCCCGAGUCCUGGGAUGACGGCCCCUCCGACAGCUCGCCGCCCGGCGACGGCGGAGUAAAACUGCCGCAGAUGCCGCCGGCCCUGAUCGGCCCAUCGACGGUGUUCCAGUUCAAUGUGGUUGCGUCGCCCGACCCCGGCGCAGAGCCAGACGUAGUGCCGAAAGUAGAGGAGUUGGACGACAGUGACGGGCUGCAGGGCAUCAAGCCCGUCGAAGUGCCGGUGCCUGUGGAAUCGACGGCUGCGCCCGCCAACGUUCCACGGAAACGCGGCCGUCCGCGCAAGCACCCGCUGCCAGUACCCGGCGGCCAGCUCAAGAUCACAAAGGGCCGCUCUAAGACGGGCUGUAUCACCUGUAGACGGCGCAAGAAGAAAUGCGACGAGACCAAGCCUUCUUGUCUGAACUGCCAGAAGAAUGCCGUGGUCUGUGAAGGGUAUCCGCCCAAGGAGAUAUGGAAGAGCGGGAAGCAGAAGCUCGAGGAUGCCCGGUCCCAAACGGUCGUCCUCCGCUCGCUGCCCAUCCUGAUCGACGGCAUCGAAACCGAAAUGGACCGUCGACUGCUGGAUCAUUUCGUCUACGGCUUCAGCCGCGUCCUGACCCUCAUUAACGAUGACUCGAACCCCUUUAAAGAGAUCUUACUUCCCAUGGCGACGCAACAUCGCGGCCUCAUGCACUCGUUAAUGUGCCUCUCAGGCUCACAUCUAUCGGGGUUGACCCCCGAACCAAGCGUCAAAGAGCGCAAAUUCUACCACUUCCACCGCGCAAUCCGAGACCUCAAGGCCAACAUCAUCGCUCGCUCGAAUAUGACUGAACAAUCAAAGACGGGCGAGCAAGAACCCGAACUCCUUUCCGAAGACCCCAUCAUCGCCUCCACAAUCGCUCUCAGUCUGAACACCAUCUGCGAGGGCGAAACCAACGGCGAGUACCGUCCACACAUGGACGCGGCACGGUACCUGCUCGUCACCCAGAAACCCCGCAACGAAAACUUUCGCCAGUUCAUUGUCGAGUUCUUCCAGUACCAUGACGUAUCAAAUUCCAUCACCUCGCUCGAUCGAAGACCGGCUCAUCUCGACGGUGAAUUGCGUCUCCCCGAUUUCGUCCCACAUGCCCAGGCCGGCUCGUUCCUCGGUGUUUUCGACGGCCUCUUCCGCUACAUCUCCCAAGUCACCCGGCUUCGAGACCGCAUCCGCCAGCGCUUUAGCGAGGGCUACGAGCCUGCCGUCGACUACCAGAUCCUGUCGGACGCCGUGAUGAUCGACUCGUCAAUCCGGACCUGGGAGACAUCCCAUCCGCCCAACACACCUAACUACUAUCUCGCCCAGCUCUACCGGCAAUCGACAUGGGUCUAUCUCUACCGAACGAUCCGACCUUCGCGGCCGAGCGAGAAAAUUGCACAGGUCGUUGACGACGGUCUCGAGUACCUGGAUCUGCUUCCGCAAGACGCAGGCGCAUUCAGUAUCGUCCUCAUGCCGCUUUUCUUGCUUGGCUGCUCGGCGUUCCUACCCCGACAGCGAGAACGUAUUCAAAAGGGAUUCGAGGCUCUCAAGGCGUACUCGAAUCUGAGGAAUAUCGAGCCUGCGUUUAAAGUCGUUCAGCGCGUUUGGGAGGUUAUGGAUACGAGGACCGAGGAUAGUUGGGACUGGGAGAGGAUUAUCAAGGAGAUGAAUAUGGAUUUCCUGAUUACUUGA